AUGUUCCAGCUUGCUUUGGUGCGCACCGGCGAUACGAUCCAUCUAUUGUUCCCAUCCUUUGUUGCCGAACCUCCCGAACCUCAGGUUAAAUUGGAUGACAGCAGUGAGCUUUGGAACCUCUCCCCUUCUGUGUGGUCGCCUGUAGCGGCGUGGGAGCGGCCCGGGUGCAUUCUCACUCUCGACUCGCGCUACAGCCCGCAGGGGGUGCUGGCAGUGGAGGCGGCUGUAGCGCAGCUCCUGAGGGACCUUGGGGUAGAGGCGGAGGGGGUGGGGGGAGAAGGGAUAUGGGGAGAUGGGAGAGCGGGAGAAGGGAGAGGGGGGGAGGGUGUAGGGCGGAGGGGGAAGAUGCUUGAACGGAGUGAGAGGGAGGUGGAAAGGGGGAGGUUGAGAAGGAGGGCGAGGGAUGAGGAGCGGGGUUGGUACGGAGGAAUGAAGGGGAGACGGUUGAAUGAAGGGGAGGGAGAGGAAGAGGGGCAGCGGAAGGAAGAGGGGCAGGGGAAGGAAGAAGGGCAGGGGAAGGAAGAGGGGCAGGGGAAGGAAGAGGGGCAGGGGAAGGAAGAGGGGCAGGGGAAGGAUGAGGGGCAGGGGAAGGAUGAGGGGCAGGGGAAGGAAGAGGGGCAGGGGAAGGAUGAGGGGCAGGGGAAGGAUGAGGGGCAGGGGAAGGAUGAGGGGCAGGGGAAGGAUGAGGGGCAGAGGGAGGGGAGGAAUGAGAAGGAGACGGAAAAGGAGAGAGGAAAAGGAGGGAAGGGGAUGCCUGAGGCGUGGCGGAGGUUCUAUGGGUUGCUGCCUAAGGUGGUGGAUGCGAAUGGGAAUGAGGAUCAGAGGAAGAUGUCUAUAUGG